AUGUUGUUACUCUACCUGUCACUUCUGGUGCUGGCCCUGGCCGUGCAAUGGAUUCGGAAACGUUUCCGGUAUUGGGAAGAUCGCGGAGUGCCGUACGUGACGCCGGCGUUUCCAACGGGAAAUUUGCGCGGCUUUGGUCGAAAGUUUCAUAUUUCCACUAUUAUGCAACGGUGCUACAAACAGUUAAAAGGGAAAGGACCAUUCGGAGGAAUCUUUAUGUUUACAAAUCCGGUUGUGCUUGUAAAAGAUUUUCAAUACUUUGAAGACCGAUUAUUUUACUAUAAUGAAAAGGAUAAUCCUAUAGAAGCCCAUUUGGUGGCUUUAGAAGGAACAAGGUGGAGAAAUUCUCGAUCCAAAGUGACAUCAGUAUUUUCGUCUGGGAAGAUGAAGAUGAUGUUUCCAACUAUGAUCCGUGUGGCAGACGAGUUUAGCAAGGUACUGACUAGGGAAACCGCGCAAGGAAAAUCUAUCGCAAUGAAGGAUUUUUUGUCUCGGUAUACUACGGACGUAGUUGGCACCUGUACAUUCGGAGUAGACUGUAAUAGCUUGAAUUAUCCGAAAGCAGUAUAUCGCCAAAUGGGAAAGAAGGCUUUCAACUUUACAUUUCUUAAAGUGAUGCUAGCAGAACAAUUCCGUGACAUCGCUCGUGCUUUGCACGUAACCUUCUUCGACUCGGACGUUAGUAACUUUUUCCUGAAUGUAGUGAAAGAUAUAUUUGAGUACCGGGAGCAAAACAAUGUGCAACAAAUUGACUUUACGAGUUUACUGAGUCGGUUGAAGAACCCAGAUUCGGAGAGCGGUGAGAACACAAAUCAGCAGGAAUAUUGGUCGAUUGAAGAAAUUGCUGCACAACUAUUUGUGUUUUUCCUGGCUGGUUCCGAAACACCAUCCACCACAAUGUCUUUUUGUUUGUACGAGCUUGCCGCAAAUGCUGAACUUCAGGAAAGAGCUCGAGCAAACGUGCUGCAAUCGAUCGAAAAACAUGGUUUCAUGAGCUACGAAGCCAUUCACGAAAUGCACUUUCUUGAGCAAUGCAUAAACGAAUCACUCCGGAAAUAUCCUCCAGUAGCAUCCUUACUACGCACGGUCACUAGAGACUACCCAGUGCCCGACAGUGGUGGCGUGAUCUUACAGCGUGGGACAACCAUGAUCGUACCAGUUUAUGCUAUCCAUCAUGACCCUGAGUACUAUUCGGACCCAGAAACCUACGAUCCAGACCGCUUCAGCGCAGACCUGGUGGCCCAACGGAAUCCUUUGUGCUUUGUUCCGUUCGGGGCGGGCCCUAGAACCUGUAUUGGAUUGCGAUUCGGAAUGACAUCUACGUGA